GGCUUGGCGGCGGCGACUCCCUCGCUCGCCCUCACUGCCUGCGGUCCCAACUCCAGGCACCAUGUUCGGCGCCGGGUCCCCCCGCCACACCCUCCCCCGGCGCCCCCCGCUGCAGCUGCUGGUGCUGGUGCUCGUGCAGUCCGUGGGGAGGGGGAUGGGCCGUGCCAGCCCGGCCGGGGGCCCCCUGGAAGACGUGGUCAUCGAGCGGUACCACAUCCCCAGGGCCUGUCCCCGGGAAGUGCAGAUGGGGGAUUUUGUGCGCUAUCACUACAACGGCACUUUCGAGGAUGGCAAGAAGUUUGACUCGAGCUAUGACCGCAACACCUUGGUGGCCAUCGUGGUGGGCGUGGGGCGCCUUAUCACCGGCAUGGACCGAGGCCUCAUGGGCAUGUGUGUCAACGAGCGGCGUCGCCUCAUUGUGCCUCCCCACCUGGGUUAUGGCAGCAUUGGAGUGGCGGGGCUCAUUCCCCCGGAUGCGACCCUCUACUUCGACGUGGUCCUUCUGGAUGUGUGGAACAAGGCAGACACCGUGCAGGUGAGCACCUUGCUGCACCCGCCCCACUGCCACCGCGUGGUCCAGGACAGCGACUUUGUCCGCUACCACUACAAUGGCACACUGCUGGAUGGCACUGCCUUCGACACCAGCUACAGUAGUGGUGGCACUUAUGACACCUAUGUCGGCUCCGGCUGGCUGAUCAAGGGCAUGGACCAGGGGCUGCUGGGCAUGUGUCCUGGAGAGAGAAGGAAGAUCAUCAUACCUCCAUUCCUGGCUUAUGGCGAGAAGGGCUAUGGGACUGUGAUCCCCCCGCAGGCCUCCCUGGUCUUCCACGUCCUGUUGAUUGACGUCCACAACCCAAAGGACACUGUCCAGCUGGAGACGCUGGCGCUACCUCCUGGCUGCGUCCGGAGAGCCGUGCCAGGGGACUUCAUGCGUUACCAUUACAACGGCUCACUGAUGGACGGCACCCUCUUUGAUUCCAGUUACUCCCGCAACCACACCUACGAUACCUAUGUGGGGCAGGGUUACAUCAUCCCCGGGAUGGACCAGGGACUACAGGGCGCAUGCAUGGGGGAGCACCGGAGGAUCACCAUCCCCCCCCACCUCGCCUACGGGGAGAAUGGGACUGGAGACAAGAUCCCUGGCUCUGCUGUGCUGAUCUUUGACGUCUAUGUCAUCGAUUUCCACAACCCUGCGGACCCAGUGGAAAUCAAGACACUGUCCCGGCCCCUUGAGACCUGCAACGAGACUUCCAAGCUUGGGGACUUUGUUCGCUACCACUACAACUGCUCUCUACUGGAUGGCACCAAGCUCUUCUCCUCCCACGACUAUGGGGCUCCCCAGGAGGUGACACUGGGUGCCAACAAGGUGAUCGAAGGCCUGGACACAGGCCUGCAGGGCAUGUGUGUGGGAGAAAGGCGGCAGCUCGUGGUCCCUCCGCACCUGGCACAUGGAGAGAGCGGAGCCCGGGGCGUCCCUGGCAGUGCUGUGCUGCUGUUUGAGGUGGAGCUGAUGUCCCGGGAGGAGGGAUUGCCCACAGGUUACCUGUUUGUGUGGCACGAGGACCCUCCUGCCAAUCUGUUUGAGGACCUGGACCUCAACAAGGAUGGCGAGGUCCCCGCAGAGGAGUUCUCUGCCUUCAUCAAGGCUCAAGUUGGUGAGGGCAAAGGACGCCUCAUGCCUGGGCAGGACCCGGAGAAAACCAUAGCAGACAUGUUCCAGAACCAGGACCGCAACCAGGAUGGCAAGAUCACUGUUGAGGAGCUCAAGCUGAAGUCAGAUGAAGACCAGGAGCGGGUCCAUGAGGAGCUCUGACGGGCAGGGGCCUGGGCCUGGACCCAAAUGCGAAGGCCCACUUCUGGGGGCACAGUGGGCAGUGGGGCUGACCUUCCAACAGGCACCCACUGCCCCUUUGCUGGGAUGAUGUCUGGGAGCAUCUAAAAAGUGGUGAGGAGACACCAGUCUUCCCACUAGCCUGAGUAAAAUCCCCAGCACGGACCUCUAUUUGGUUUUUCUCUUCCAACCUCAAACCCCUUCUUUAAGGUUUAGGAGUUACAAAGCCAGUCUGGGGACUGGGGGAGUCUGGGGGUUGGAUGGGGCCAUUGCUAGCCCCUCACCCACACUUCCUCCUCCAUGUCACCAGACACCAAGUGAGGCUGAGUGCUUUUAUUUCCCCAAACACCCCUUUAUCUGUACUUCUCACAGUCCCCAACCUCCCCACCACUCCACCUCCAGCCCCCAUUCCUCUGUUGUGGCAGCUCCCCAGGAACAUGAGCCAGGGCUGGUUGGACCCCCACAGCUGCCUUCCCUCAGCUCUGGCUGGCUCCUAGGGAAAGGGGGCAGCUCCAGUGUGGCUACCUGUCCCCCCCCCCCACUAAAUCCAGUGGCAGCUGAGGUAACCCCGGGGUGCUGCAGGUCAGGGCUGGGUUCUGUGUCACCUUUGUCCUCAAAAGGCUGCUUUCUCUAAGGGACUGAGAAAAAGGAAGAAUAUGAAGGGAGGUGCAGUGAGAAAACCUACUUAGAUGUGUCUUAGGGCUACAAAAUUCUUGGUUCAGAGCUGAGACAGAUUUGGAAGAGGGGCUCUGCGGUGAGAGGGGUGGGCAGAGCUCUGCACACCCUAAAGGCUAGACUGGUGUCAGAUCCCUUUCUCCUUUGUGCCAAAUAAAAGCCUAAACUAGAA